AUGCUUUCUCCAUCCCCAUCGAGCUUCCUGACCUUCACGCUUAAUGCCGGAAAGCUUUCGGCGAUUCUCUCACCCUCUGUCCGGACAACUACUUUCCCAAGUAGUCGACUGGAAACAUCGUUAAAAAUCGCACCUCCGAGCUCGACGGUAGCAGGGUUAGUGAUUUGUUCAACUGAUAGGGAAUACGGGAAUCACAUCCGAACGCCAUUCUUCGUAAAGCCUCCAGGAGAAACUUGGCGACGAGAAGCUAUUGACAUAUAA